AAGGAGUCAGACAGGGAGGAGAGACCAGUAACCGGUUCACAAAUUACUUCACAGUCAAUUUUUUGAGGAGUAAACAGACGAUUUUGAAAACAGGAACUUAAAAUUCUGGACUUGUUUUUCUCCCCCCGCCGCACUGGAUAUGUUCUUUUAUUUAAUCAUGUCGGAGGAAUAUUUCUCUUAACGUUAAUUAGCCUCUGUGAGACCCUUUUUUCUUCCAGAGCCAGCAUAAACCCAUACCUGGCUCAGGUCAGGUAUAGUGCAUGUUAGAAAUAGAGAAUAUCUUUACCUAAUGGCUUAAACAAAUACAAUGUAAUUAAUUCUUCUUCAAAUGAGGUAGCCAAGCCCAACCGCUGGCAUCUGAAACAGCUGUGUCGCGUCGAGAAGAUUGUGGAUUAUUAUUUUUUUUUCUCCCCCCACCACCUCCCCGAAUACCUCCCCAAGAAACCACGGAGCCGGUUUUUUGAGUGGCCAAAAUGAGCGUCGGUUUAAUUGAAUCAACUACAUGAGUGGAGUCAAAACAAACAUAUUUCUCUCCGGGAGUGCACCUUUUUUUUUUUUUUUAAACGGCGCCAGUCUCCCUGGUAAAAUAUGGAAAGCGAGGUUUUCACGCCUUUGCUGGAGCAGUUUAUGCUCACGCCUCUGGUCUGCUGGGUGAAGACAGUCGGGCAGGCGACUCUGACCGAUGGCACCCAAUUAUCGGAAUAUAUUGAAUUAGUGGAUGGGAUUUACCUGAACCAGAUAAUGCUCGAGAUAAAUCCUAAGGCCACGGUGCAGAGGACCAACAAGAAGGUGAACAAUGACCCCACGCUGCGCAUCCAGAACCUCUCUAUUCUCAUCAGGCAGAUUAAAGGCUACUAUCAGGAGACCCUCCAGCAGCUGGUGAUGAUGCCUUUACCAAACGUGCUGGUUCUGGGCCGCAACCCUCUGUCUGAGCAAGGUCUGGAGGAGGUGAAGAAACUGUUGCUGCUGCUACUAGGCUGCGCUGUCCAGUGCGAGAAGAAGGAAGAGUACAUCGAGUGUAUCCAGACUCUGGACUUUGACACCAAAGCUUCCAUAGCAUCCCACAUCCAAGAGGUGACUCAUAAUCAGGAGAAUGUGGUGGACCUGCAGUGGUUGGAAAGUGGGGAAAUGCCUCCUGAGGACCUGGACAGCCUCUCCAGAAACCUGGCUUUCCACCUCAAACGCCUGGUGGAUGACAGGGACACACAGCUGGAGACUAUAGUGGAGUUAACCCAGGAGAGAGACUGUGUGCAGCUGUCUCCACUGACUCCCUGUCCGACCCAGUCUCCCGGUGACUCUCCCAGUAUGAGGAGGACCGAAAGCCGUCAGCACCUCUCUGUGGAGUUGGCCGAUGCCAAGGCCAAGAUCAGACGCCUUCGACAGGAACUAGAGGAGAAGAGUGAGCAGCUUUUGGACACCAGGCAGGAGCUUGACAACAUGGAAGUGGAGCUCAAGAGGUUUCAGCAAGAGAGCUACCAGUUGGUGUCGGACGCUCGAUCGGCGCGGGCGUACCGUGACGAGCUGGACGCACUCAGAGAGAAAGCAAUCCGUGUCGACAAACUGGAGAGCGAGCUGAGCCGAUACAAGGAGAGACUUCACGACAUUGAUUUUUACAAGGCCAGAGUCGAGGAGUUGAAGGAGGACAACCAGGUCCUGUUGGAGACUAAGAGCAUGUUGGAGGAGCAGCUGGAUGCGAGCCGGACACGCUCUGACAAACUGCACCUCCUGGAGAAAGAGAGUCUGCAGCUCAAAUCCAAGAUGCAUGACCUGGAGAUGGAGAGGGACAUGGACCGUAAACGUAUGGAGGAGCUGAUGGAGGAGAACCUUGUGCUUGAGAUGGCCCAGAAACAGAGCAUGGAUGAGUCCGUGCAUCUGGGCUGGGAACUGGAGCAACUAUCCAAGACACCAGAACUGACUGACGCCCCUCAGAAGUCUCUGGGUGAGGAGGUGAAUGAGCUGACCUCCAGCCGUCUGUUGAAGCUGGAGAAAGAAAACCAGACCCUGCUGAAGACUGUGGAGGAGCUCAGAGGAGCCGCCAGUCAGGACACUGUGACAAAACUGGCAAAAAUCAACCAGGAAAACCACAGACUGAACCAGAAAUUGGAGCAGUUGGGGAGUGAACUGACAACAGACAGAGAGUCGCUCCGCAGUGCGGAGUCACUCAGUACUGACCUAAUGAAGGAAAAGGCUUUACUGGAGAAGACUCUGGAAACACUCAGAGAGAACUCUGAGAGACAGCUGAAGGGUCUGGAGCAGGAGAACAAGCACUUGAGCCAGACGGUGUCGUCUCUGCGCCAGCGCUGCCAGGUUGGUACUGAGGCCCGGGUCAAGGAUGUGGAGAAAGAGAAUCGCAUUCUCCACGAGUCCAUCUGCGAGACAACCGCCAAACUCAAUAAGAUCGAGUUUGAAAGGAAACAGCUUCGUAAGGAGCUUGAAGUGGUGAAGGAGAAAGGUGAGCGAGCUGAAGAGUUGGAGGUUCUGAUGCAGAAGCUGGAAAGGGACAAUGAGAGCCUGCAGAAGAAAGUAGCCAGUCUUGGAAUCACCUGUGAAAAGGUGUCUUCUUUGGAGAAGGAGAACACGGAUCUGGAGGCGGAGGGCCGUCGUCUGAAGAAGAAGCUGGACACUCUGAAGAACAUGGCCUUCCAGCUGGAGGCUCUGGAAAAGGAGAACUCCCAGCUGGAGUAUGAAAACCUGGAACUUCGGCGCUCGGCUGAGAGUCUCCGGUCAGCGGGCGCUAAGGCCGCUCAGCUGGAGGCCGAGAACAGGGAGCUGGAGAGUGAGAGGAGCCAUUUGAAGCGCAGCAUGGAACUGCUCAGAGCCUCGUCCAAAAAGACGGAGAGAUUAGAGAUGAGUUACCAGGGCCUAGAUACAGAGAACCAGCGCCUGCAGAAGUCUUUAGAGAACAGCAGCAAAAAGAUUCAACAGUUGGAGGAAGAGCUGCAAGAGGUGGAGACUGAGAAUCAAACCCUCCAACGCAACCUGGAGGAGCUCAAGAUCUCCAGUAAACGCCUGGAGCAGCUGGAACAGGAGAACAAGGUUCUGGAGCAGGAAAGCUCCCAGCUAGAGAAAGACAAGAAGUUCCUGGAGAAGGAGAACAAGCGGCUGAGGCAGCAGGCCGAGAUCCGCGACUCCAAGCUGGACGACGACAACCAGCGCAUCUCCACCUUGGAGAAAGAGAACCGGACCAUGGGCAAGGAGAUGAUCUUCUUCAGGGACUCCUGCACCAGAGUCAAAGACCUGGAGAGAGAGAACAAGGAGCUGGUCAAACUGAGCACCAUUGACAAGAAGACCCUCAACGCACUCCGAGAGGAGCUUGUGAGUGAGAAGCUGCGGACUCAGCAGAUGAAUAAUGAUCUGGACAAACUGACCCAUGAGUUGGAGAAGAUUGGACUGAACAAAGAGAGGCUGCUGAAUGACGAGAGCUCUAGCGACAGGUUUAGGCUCCUGGAAACCAGACUGGAGUCGACUCUAAAAUCAUCUUUGGAGAUUAAAGAGGAGAAGAUCGCCGCCCUAGAGGCCAGACUGCAGGAGUCCUCCAACCUCAACCAGCAGCUACGCCAGGAGCUCAAGACAGUGAAGAAAAACUAUGAGGCGCUGCGUCAGAGGGAGGAGGAGGAGAGGAUGGUGCAGAGCUCGCCCCCUAGGGGAGGGGAGAACCCUCAGGCUUUCGGUAAAUGGGAGAAAGAAAGUCAUGAAGCCACCAGAGAACUGCUGAAAGUCAAAGACAGACUCAUUGAGGUGGAGAGGAAUAAUGCCACGCUGCAGGCUGAGAAGGCGGCCCUGAGGUGCCAGCUCAAACAACUGGAAACUCAAAGCUCCAACCUGCAGGCUCAGAUCGUGGCCGUGCAGAGACAGACCGCUUCAUUACAGGAGAACAAUACGUCACUACAAACGCAGAACGCCAAGCUGCAGGUGGAGAACUCCACCCUGAGCUCCAAGAGUGCAGCCCUCAUGGCCCAGAACGCCCAGUUGCAGAGCCAGCAGAGCAGCGUGGAGGGUGAACGCGAGGGAGCCCUGAAGGACAAAGAGGAGCUGAGGUCCACCUACGAGCUGCUCCUCCGCGAUCACGAGAAGCUGGCGGCGCUCCACGAGAGGCAGGCGGCCGAGUAUGAAGCCCUGAUCGGAAAGCAUGGGGAUCUGAAGGGCUCCCACAAGAGCCUGGAGCAGCAGCACAGGGACCUGGAGGACAAGUACAAGCAGCUCUUGCAGAGGAAGGGAGACCUGGAGGAUCUGGAGAGAAAUCUGAAGGAGCAGCAGGAAAGAAUGGCGCUAGAGAUUCAAACGCACCGAUCCACAGCUGACCAGUACAAACUGCUCAAAGAAGAAAAUGAUAGGCUGAAUAAUACCCAUCGUCAACUGGUGAAGGACAAUGACAAUCUCCAGCUGGACCAUAAGACCGUGAAGACCCAGCUGAACAGCGCCAAGCUGGACCAGACCAAGCUGGAGGCCGAGUUCUCUAAACUGAGGGAGCAGUACCAGCAGCUGGACAUCACCUCCACCAAGCUCACCAAUCAGUGCGAGUUGUUGAGCCAGCUGAAAGGAAACCUGGAGGAGGAGAAUCGCCACCUGUUGGACCAGAUCCAGACUCUGAUGCUACAGAAUCGCACUCUGUUGGAGCAGACCAUGGAGAGCAAGGACCUGUACCACGUAGAGCAAAGACAAUACAUAGACAAGCUGAAUGAGCUGAGGAGACAGAAGGAGAAGCUGGAGGAGAAGAUCAUGGACCAGUACAAGUUCUACGACCCCUCACCUCCACGCAGGCGUGGCAACUGGAUCACUUUGAAGAUGAGGAAGUUGAUCAAGCCAAAGAGCCGGGAGAGGAUGCGCUCCCUCACGCUGACCCCCUCUCGUUCAGAGUCUGGUGACGGCUUCCUGAUGUUUCCCCAGGACAGCCAGGACAGCUCGUCCAUAGGCUCUGGCUCCAACUCGCUGGACGACACACUGACACAAAAGAGGAGCAGCACUUUAAAAAGGUUGCCUUUCAUGAGGAACAGAUCCAAGGACAAAGACAAGGCCAAGGCCAUCUACCGGCGCUCCAUGUCCAUGAAUGACCUGCUGCAGACCAUGGCGGUGGCGGGCGGUCCCGGGGCUCAGUGGGCGAGCAGCAUUGAUAACCUGGACGGCGCCGAUGCCGGCAUGACCGUGAGCAGCAGGCGCGGCGGCCAGCGCAUGAAGGAGCUCGCCUUUUCCACCAACGCCAUCGACUGUGCCGCCCUCACCCUGCCCAGUGCCAGGCACAGCAGGGCCAAGCACCGUCUUCAGGUCAAAGAUAAUGCCUCCUGUGAAGACGUUGCCGGCUCCUUAGAUGACCCCAAGAGUCAAGGCCUGCAGGUGUCCAGCAGUGCUCUGUGUCCUUCUCCUGUUGGGCUGAGCGUUGUGUGCAGAGUGCCCUGUAGCAUCUGUUCCUGCAGACCCACCAGUCUCCAUAGCAACAGGACCACCAGUAGUAAUAGUAACAAUAACUCCCACCUCAUUUCUCCUCUGGAGGGCAAAGGCGCGUUGAACGGUAACCUCAGCCGGCCUCACAGUGAGAGCAGCGGAGAGUUCAGCCUGAGUUUGGACCAGGAGGUUUGGUCCAGCAGCGGCAGCAGCCCCGUCCAGCAGCCCGCCUCCUCGCGCUUCUGCCACCAGAGCCCCCUGCAGCUGCGCAGGUCGCUCGAGCCGUCCGCCGCCGCAGGCAGCACCGGCCCGACCCAGGUCACGAAGACGGGCUCCCCAGCCAAGGAGGUGCUCUCCCUGCAGCAGUUCCUGGAUGAGGGUAUUGAUCCUGCAGAGUCUGGCAGUCAGGAGAACCUCACUGUAGACUCUCCGCGCCUCUCCACCUCCUCUGAGCACGUGCAGAAAGAAUGCCCUCCCACAAAGAGCCGAGGCAUAUUGCGCUCAUCCAGUGGGAAGGCGGCGCCGGUCAGCUCUGAUCGCCCACCGAGAGCCGCCGGACAACCGGGCCGCCCGACCCUGCGUAAGGCGGAGAGCACCCGCGUGAGAGGCUCCGUCCCGGUCCGCUCCAGCCUGUCAUUGCAGAGCAAAGCCACGUCCGUGUCCGGACGCCUGGACUUGGCUUCCUCCACGCUGCCGCGUGCCAGCAGCGUCAUCUCCACCGCCGAGGGCACCUCGCGCCGCACCAGCAUCCACGACCUGCUCUCAAAGGACAACCGGCAGCCGGUGUCCAUCGACGUUGCUGCUCCUCUUGCCUCCACCAAGGCUGGGGUGCGCUCCCAGCCUACACCCAGUGAGUACCACCCCAACAGCACCAACCUAAAGGGACCCCUUACCACCGCCACCCCCCUGCCCAAGUCACUCAGCUUACCUUGCCAUAGCUUGGAGGAUCCCGACCUCUCCACCCUCGAGUCUUUCCUCGGCCCUUCCUUCACCGUAGAGUCUGUGUUCAUGGACUCCAUCUUUAGUGAGUCGGUGGGCAAAAACCUCCCCUUCCUGUCUCUAAACCCCACCCUAGUCAGCAACAUCAGUGGGCCUCCGGUUACAAAUAAAACGCACCCUCCUCCUAUCCCCGACCAUGCUUCUACCCAAAACCCGGUUCCUUACAGCCACUCAAAUGGCCAGAUGCAAUCCAGCCCAGCCAGUCUGAAAGAGUCCAACGAGGGCGUUGACCCAAGUUGUGAGAGUGAUUUGGACCAGUCACUGAGCCCAGAGGACAAGCAGUCCCUGUGGUAUGAGUACGGGUGUGUGUGAAUGACGGGGAGGUUGCGGCUGGCCGAUCUCUCUACCAAACUCGACGUAAAGAGGGGAAAGAGAAAGGAUGAAUGAAUCCUCUGCAUGUAUUUAUUUGAGCCCUAUCUCUACGUGGUGUUUUUGUUUUGUUCUUUUCUGUUUGCCAUCGUGCCGAUUAGUGAAUCGGUUAAUUUUUUGUUUUGUUUGUUUUGCCACUUCCUGUUUUCUGCCAGGUUCUUUUGUCUGAGGUGGGACUUUGAUGAAUGUUCUUUCAUCCAACAGCCAUAUUAUUGUUUCCUCAUCAGACCUGUUUCACUGGCUAACACUAUACUAUUAUCUGCCGUUUAGGGCUUGUUCUAUCACAGUUGAGGCUUAGUAUUUAUAUAAGUUAACAGUGGGUAUAAUAACGGAGAUUCAGGGAACUUGUCACCAGGAUCCAUUCAAACAAAUACCUAAAAAAUCUUAAUGUCAGAAAUAGUUGUCUCUAACAGAGAGCAGAGCAUUGUGGGAUGUAUCACAGAGCUGCAAUGUCUUUUCAAUGUGUCAGAUAAUAGAUUCACUUUCCACUUCCUGUUCAUGAUGAUGUCUCGAUGAUUUUUGGGUGACUGAGUGUCUUCUUCACUGCUUUUUAACAUCAUCCACUAAAUUGCAUGGCUUUGUUCUGUCCAACCUUAAAACGCUCAUUUUGACUGCUGUGAUCAAAAUGGUUGCCAUGUUUAUCUUUUUGUUUGUAGUGACGUGGUGUUUGGUCUGUUUCUGUACAUUUGACACCUUUUUCUGUAUUUAGUUUUUUAUGAUAUUAUUAAUUGCCGGAGCAUUUGCUCUGCAGGUUUUGCUCACGUGGGUCUUAACUGACGUCUUGGGCUGGUGACAAAAUGAUGAAGCUUCAUUCCUAAAAUAAUCUGAGGGAAGUGUUAGUUGGUUAAGGGGAAGUUGACGGUGAAGGUAAAGGAGGAUGACGUGGGUGAUUAUCAUAUUUCAGUUGUAGUCGGCCCUUUAUUAGUUAUUGAAACAGGAAGUCAAUAUAUUAAGAACCGUUUUCAGUGCUCAGAUUGUUUUGUGAAUGAAGCUAACAUCAUUACUUUUUGGUAUCUGGAGACUUUUGUUUACUCAUCCCGACGCACCACAAAUUGAGAAUGGAUAAUAUUUGUUUGUGUAUUUUCGACUGGCUGACUGUACAGAUUGUUGUAAUCAUUAAGUUAUAAUCAAAGACGAGCACAGCUUUCUGUGCCAAUACUAGUAGAACCGUCUGCCUCUCCAUCCUUUAUUUAUUUCUGCUUUUGUACUCUGGACUUGCUGGUCUGAAGUUGCUUUAAUGUAUUUUUUAUCUAUAUGCAGGUAUAAGGUACAUUUUGUGUCUCUGUCUACAGAUGUAACAUAAACAUUGCCUUUGUC